AUGGCCACCGUAGCCCAGCAGCGCCAGCCGUCCGCCCAGUCCCGCCCGCACCCUGAUUCCAGUCGCAGCGCCUCUGCCUCGCCCUCGCCCGCCAUGGCCCCCGCCCACCACAGCCCGGCCCCCGCGCCCGCAAAGAAGGGAAAGGGCAAGAAGGCCACCGACCCCUCGGAGCAGCAGAAGCAGAUCCAGGCCAAGAUUGCCCAGCUCGAGCUCGACGCUGCCGGAGACAAGGAGCAGGAACUCGAAGUCGAGCGCGAGGUCAAGAAGGCGAACCGCGAAAUCGCCUCGCUUCUCUCCAACAUGGACGGCCCCAUGUCCCAGUUGACGGCCCUGCAGAAAAAGUACACCGACCUCCUCUCCGACAUGAAGCGAAUGGAGCGCGAACACGCAAAGGCGAAGAAGCGCGGCGACCAGCUGCAGAAGGAAAAGGACGCACAGAGGUCGGAACUGACAAAGGUCACCACCAUGAAGGACAAGCUCGACAAGCUCUCCCGAGACUUUGCCAAGGAGAACAAGAAGCUAAAGGACGAACUGCACAAGCUCGAGAACAGCGAGUCGACCGCGAGGCACGAGCUGCACACCCGCCUCGAGACCUUGAUCGCAGAAGUCGACGAUUGCAUCCGAGUGGCAGAGGGACCGGAGCGUCAGGACGACCGCGACCUCGAAUUGGACGAAGCGUUUCGACUCAAGUUCAAGUCCUUCAUCGAUCAGUACGAGAUGCGCGAACUGCAGUUUCACUCGCUCCUCCGCACCAAAGAGCUCGAAAUACAAUACCAGAUGGCCCGGCUGGAGCAGCAGCGCAAACAGCAAGAGGCCGAGUCUUCCAAAUCACACCAGCUGACGAGACAGGUCUCGACCUUCUCGCAAACCGAAACCGAGCUCAGGACGCAACUCAACAUCUAUGUCGAGAAGUUCAAGCAGGUUGAGGAAACACUCAACAACUCAAACGAUCUCUUCCUGACCUUCCGCAAGGAGAUGGAGGAGAUGUCCAAGAAGACGAAGCGCCUGGAAAAGGAGAACCAAAACCUACAACGCCACAAAGAGAUCACGAACCGCAACAUUGGCGAGAUGGUAGAAGAGCGGCAACGGAUGCAAGAGGAGCUUGCGAGGAAGACCAAGGAGGCCGAGGAUCAACGCAAGAAGAUUGCUCGCCUGGAGACGCUCUGCCGUGGGAUGCAAGCCCAGGGGCGAGGCCAGGUGCCCAUGCCUGAGCUGGAAGAGGACGAAGAGGUCACGGAGAGCGAGUACGACUACGAAGACGAAGAAGACGACGAGGAAGGGAGCGGCGAGUACGACGACGACACGGAAGAGGAUGCUAUCGAUCCCGCACCAGAACGUCAACCAUUCGGGCCCGUUCCACCCCCUCCGCCACCGCCGCAGAACGCUGUGAAUGGCAAGAUGGCUAGCCACAAACAGCCCAAUGGGCAGAUCAAUGGAGUCAAGCGCUAA